GCUGGGAAAAGGACCAGUGGCUGGGAUAGGGUGAUCAUGCCUCCCUGGGCCCUCCGCCUGCUUCGGGGGCUGUGCCUCUGGCUGAGCCUGGGGCUGCCGGGCGCCCUGAGCGGGAACCGGAGCUGCGUCUUCUUUGAGCCACCCCACAACCUGCAGGGCUCCAUGCGGCACCAGGGGCGUCUUCUAGGGGGCGCCGAGCGCGGCACCAUCCUCUGCCACUCCAGCCACUGCUGCUUUGGGAUCUGGAACCAAAGCCACGGCCAGCUCCAAGCGGUGAUGCAAGGUUGCUGGGGCAGCGACCGAGAUGGCUGUGACUCCCCCGCCUGCAAAACCAGCCCCGUCCACACCACCGGGGCCAUCCUCCAGCGCUGCCUGUGCCGCUCCGACUUCUGCAAUGCCAACGUCAGCCAGCUUGGGGCCCCUGCAGCGCCGCAAGCCUCAGCUGGGUCUGCUCUGACGGACACCAUCUGGAUCGCCGUGGCCUGCCUGCUGCUGCUCCUCCUCGGCUUUCUGGCCUUCCUAGUGCGAAGGAUGAAGGUCUGUGCAGUGCUGCUGCGCCAGGACGGGAGCGGGGAGCUGACCAAAGUCACCAUGGACCCCCAUUCCAGCCGUGAGAGGGAACCCCCCAGCCAGGAGCUGCCAGCGCUCCAGUUCCUCCAGGUGCUCCAGGAUGGGCGCUUCUCCGUGGUGUGGCAGGGCACCCUGCACCAGACGCCCGUCGCGAUCAAGGCCUUCCCCGACACCUGCUCCCAGCACUUUGCAGCCGAGUGGUCUGUGCACAGCCUGCCCCUGAUGAACCACGACAACGUGGCCCGGCUCCUGGCGGCUGGGCGAGGAGGAGUGCACGGGGAACAAGGGAGCCUGUUGGUGCUGCAGCUUUACCCGGCGGGUUCCCUGAGACACUUCCUGAGCCAGCACAUCAGCCCCUGGGACGGCACCAUCAGACUGGCCCUGUCGCUGGCCCGGGGACUGGCCUUCCUGCACGAGGAGCUCUGGCACAACGGCCUGCACAAACCCAGCGUGGCUCACCGGGACCUGAGCAGCCAGAACGUGCUGGUGCGGGAGGACCGGAGCUGCGCCAUCGGGGACUUCGGCCUGGCCACGGCGCUGCCCGCGCGCAUGGAGCAAUGGGGCGGCGGCCGCAUGGAAGCUGCUGUCAGGAAGGCAGGGACCCAGCGGUACAUGGCCCCUGAGAUCCUGGACGACAGCCUGGACCUGCAGGUCUGGGGCCGCGCGCUGAAGCAGGCCGACGUCUACUCCCUGGCCCUGGUGCUCUGGGAGAUCCUGUCGAGAUGCUCGGGGCUCUCUCCAGACUGCGGGGUCCCUCCCUUCCAGCUGGCCUACGAGGCGGAGCUGGGCAGCAGUCCCACGUAUGGGGAGCUGAGGAGACUGGCCGUGGAGGAGAGGAGGAGGCCAGCCAUCCCCGACUCCUGGAGGGGGACAGGCCAGGUCUCCAUCUGCCUGCGGGAGCUGCUGGAGGACUGCUGGGACCCCGACCCCGAGGCCCGGCUGACGGCCGAGUGCGCCCGCCAGCGGCUCCAGUCCCUGGGAGCCGAGUUGCCGGCGGGGGUGUGCUGAGCUGGCAAGGGGUGCUGCCCCCCUGUCCUCACCCGCCACUGGCCCACGGUGCCUGGGAAUGCUCCUUGGGCCUCUGGCUGGCGCUGACGGAGAGAGAGGAACUCUGGGGGCAGGGAUGGUGCCACGCCCGUGUCACCCCAGCUUUUGCCGGUGCUGCAUAUAAACACGGCUGGCUGGCCUGUGCCCUGCUGCUGCAUGGCCUCAAGCUGCCCAGCCGAACCCCCACCUGGGCCGGAUUCGAACCUGCCGCUGACUCUUGCUGGAUGGGAUCAGAGGUGCCGGAGUGCAUGUGUGAGCCAAUUGUCCCCUUAUGGAGCUGACACAGGCCUUGUCCAUACCCCUGGCAGGCAGGAGGGGUGUACGCCACGCAGCAUCCGGCGGGUGAGUGGGGUGCAGGCGGCUUGGCCAGAAGCCAUGUCUGCAUCGUUGCAGCCAUGGGUUUGUUCCCCAGAUCAAGGGAUCGAGCCCCAUUUCUGUUUGGCUGGCUGCUUGUGAUCAAUAAAUUGUGUGCCCUGUAUUCUGGGAUCAGUCCCAACCCCUUUGUGUCGGAGCAGCCUCAGGGCUGCUCUAACUUACGCUCUGCUCCCAGGGGCUCCAGGAGGCAGGGAAUACCCAUAAAGCACUGUGCUUUGGCCAUGCCCCCUCCAUCUGCCCCCAGGCUAGGAGCAUAGCUCUCAUGUGGUCAUGCCAGUCCCACACAGAUAUGCCAGCCCCACACGGAUGGGUGGGUGUGCAGCCCUUAAGUUACCCCCAUCCCCUUCAUGGACAUGCAUCCCCUUAACCCCCCCCACACACACGGAUAGCCAUGCACCUCUAUUUCCCCCCCCCCAUAGGCAUACAGACCAGACACACACCCUCCCCCAAGACACAUACACACACAGGGCAUAUGCCCUCACCCACUGAUGGGCAUACACAGGUAUACACCUUCCAUGCACACAGUCCUGGGCUAUGUUGUUUACAUGCUGGAUAGCAGGACCAAAUGCCCCCUGCCCCAAAGAGCUCACAGUAACAGUCCAUAUUUGGGAGUGGAAACUGAGGCACUGAGCAGCAACGUGACUUGCCAAAGGUUGCCCAGCAGAGCCAGGAAUAGAACCUGAGUCUCCUGAGUCCCAGUCCGGUGCACUAUCCACUAGCCUACACUGUCCCUCGAAGCUUUUAAUGGGGGGUGCAGAUCUUGGCCAUGGGGAGCUGGACGGGGGGACAAAUAGUGGCAUUGGGGGUCAGGUUCAGACUCUUCUAUUCCCUGCAGACCUUAGAGUGGGUCGAGACCGGGCUACGGCCUGGGAACACCAGCUGGCUUGCGAUGGUACCACCUGUCAGGUGACUCCUCUAGGAACCCGUGGGGCACCAUGUGCACCCCCUGCCCAGCUGGCCCCGGGCACUGAAGGGUUGGCCUUUUCUCCUUACAUCUGGGAGUGGGCUAUGGAACGAUCUUGCUCAGCAGGAGCCUGGAGUUUGCGAUAAUACUCUGCACUCACAAAUCCUCCAUCUCCCUCAUUUCACAGCAGGGGAAACUGAGGCAUGGAGGGGGCGGGGGAAGGGACUCACCCAGGACUAAAACCCAGCACCCAGGCCUCUGUGCUAAGCACAGGGCAGCGCUGCCUCUGUCUGCAGGCCCAUGGUGCAAUGCCAGGUUUUGCUGAUCCUCGGGGCUCUGUGCCAGCCGCCUCUCGGCAGGGAGGGGCCGGGGGACACAGGCACCUGCCAGGUGUCACUCAGAUGGAGUGACAGUCCCAUGUUAGCCCCUGCGCCAGCUGCAGUGACUCUGGGGGCUGGGCUGCAGGCCCACUGAGCUCCUCCUCCUGGCUACUAGUGAGGAUGUAGUGUAGAGGGGGCCAGCCCAUUCCACCCCCAGGGGUUGCCCAUGAUGUGACAGGAGAGGGCCGCUGGAGGUGGCGGGUCCAGAGGCAGGAAAGAGGGGGAGUCUGGCUCUUGGGGAAGGGGGAAUCAGGGGAGAAUACAAUAGAUGAGAGAAAGGUUGGGACAAAGCGGGAAACAAUGGUCUUGUGGCUCGUGCCCAGGACACCUGGGUCCCAUUCCCAGAGCUGCCCCUGACUCCCCGUGAGAAUCUCCCGUCGCUUCCCUGUUCCCCAGCUCCCCCAUCUGGGAUCACAAUAUUGACACGCACACAAGGUGGGUGAAAGAGUCUUAAUUUGUUCUGCUCCGCGGUGCGAGGGGAAGCGGGAAUCCCGUCGGGCGCUCGGCCUGCAGAAAGAACACGUGAGGAGCCACGCAGCCCUGCCCAGGCCGUCUCUGAGCCCCAGACGGGGCAGACGAGCUGCUUGCUGGGGUAGUUUGACAUUGAACGUUUGUUCGAGGGGGCUGGCUGGAAAUAAAGCCUGAGUAA